GAGCUGUUUACAGCAGAGUGUAAGUUUAAGGAGUCGGUGUUUGAGAACUACUAUGUGAUCUACUCGUCGAUGCUGUACAGACAGAAUGAGUCUGGGAGGGCCUGGUUCUUGGGCCUGAACAAGGAGGGACAGCCCAUGAAGGGCAACCGCGUGAAAAAGACAAAACCCGCCGCUCACUUCCUGCCCAAACCUAUAGAAGGUAAGGGUGUUGUCACACACACACACACUCACACACACACACUCACACGCUCUAACACUCUGAUCUCUCCUCUUCUCUGUAGUUGCGAUGUACAAGGAGCCGUCGUUGCACGACGUCAGAGAGACGUUGCCUAAAGUCGCCGGAGUCCCGUCCAGCAAAAGCACAACCAGCGAACCAGUGGCCAUGAACGGGGGCAAGCCAGUCAACAAACCCGACCCGAAGGAGACUGCGACAUAA